GGAGGGUAGAUAAUCUGCCUACGUGAAAGUGUGACAACUAUCAGACCAGAGAAUAACACUCUGGGAUCAGUCUAGCAUCGUUGGGAUCGGACAUUUGCAAAUUCACAGGUCAAUUGUUUGUUCGCAGGUUUUUUCGACUUUUCCGAUGAAGAUUUGGGCCUUGCGGCGUUUCUGGCCUUCCAUGAGAAAACCUAAGCUCUUGGAGAUGAAGAGAAAGCGCCUGAUAUCAUCUGGCAAUGAAGAACAAGGGCACUCUCCUCCAACAAAGUGUGAAACCAUUGGCAAGGAUGGAAUCAGUAAUUUGCCUGAUGAUGUUCUUCAUACCAUAAUCUCGUUAUUGAGUACGAGGGAGGCUGUAAGAACGAGCGUAUUGUCACGUAGGUGGAGGAACAUGUAUGCAUACACAUAAAAUCUUGAAUUUGAUUGGCGCGACGUAGUUUACGUGCCAGUCCAAGUCAUGCCCCAUGGAACAAUUUUCAGGAGAAAUGUGGAUUAUUUUCUAGCAACGUUAGAAAGAUUCUUAGCAUGUCAUUUGGGUUCGAAGGUUGUCUCCUUCAAGGUUCUCUGUUUCUUUCCAAGUAUGUACGACUUCAAGUCAAUGACUGGAUCGAUUUUGCCAUCGGAAAGGGUGUUGAAGAUCUUGACCUUGCCUUUACUUGUGACAACCCACCUAAGUGCACUGGUUGGAGUAGCGUCGACUAUUUUCCUGCUCAGAUCCUUCUGAAUGACGAAGAAUCCAAAUUAAGGCGUCUUUCCUUGCGCGGAUGCAUGCUCAAGUCAAAUUUUACCACAGGUUUCAGAACCUUAUCGACUCUUGUGUUGUGCGGUGUAAAUCUUGCUGGACAUGUUGAGCCGCACAUGUUUUCUUCUUGUAUGAACUUUGAGCAUUUAACAUUGCAACGGUGUUUUGGAUUAGAAAGAUUGUGCAUUGGUGAUUCUCUUCAAUGUUUGAAGGCACUGGUUGUGAUCCGCUGCGAAGGGUUAAAGGGGAUUGAGCUCAAUGCCACCAACCUUACCAGUUUUCAUUACAAGGGUGAUGAAAUCGAGUUCUCUUUCGAAUUGGUCCCCAAUCUGGAGGAAGUGUAUGUUAUGAUGCUGGAAAUUAAUGUGGUUCCGACUUACACUCGGUUAGAGAAACAACUUCCCCAUGUCAAGACCUUAGCAGUUGUCCGAGAUUGGACUUACAGUUACUCACCAUUCAACGAAGGCUCGGGAUUUAAAUCGGUGUUUCAUUUGGCCUCGAAUCUUCUCUUCACUGCAUCAAAUUGCUGUUGUAGAUGUUUAAUGUAAACUUCGUUUGUUUAUAUCAGAUUGUUGCAGAGCAGAAAAUUUUCCCCGCUUCAGAUUGUCCAGCGUUCUCGUAACCCGAAUUUGCAUUUUGACAAGUCUAAUGUCGCGAUCCCGCCUUCCUAUGUCAACAAGAUAAAGUGUUAUGGGGGGGAAAGAAAGCUAAAAUUAUAGUGGCACUGUAUGGUGAUGGUAGCUGUAUUUCUGGCUCUAUGGCCUGGUCCAGAAAUCUGAUUUUCGGCAUCGGCUCGGCGGGAUUUAAGGAUCUUUCUUUGUUUACUAUUUACCUAGUAAUACUUCUUACUAAGGUGAAGUUUUUUUUAGCUCUCUCGUUCAUAGUAGCAAUAUAAUGGUGGAUUUUUGGUUGACUGCAUGUACUUUCUUGCAAAUUACAGUUUCACAUUGUUGAAGCAGUAUAAA